AUGACUUUUAAAAUGGCAUACUAUUUUGGUUGCAUAGUGUUUGACUUGCGAGAACUUUUAAACGCAGUACUUAUUAACAAUCAUGUGAAAUCUAGAAUAUUGGCCAUCACUGUGCAUUCAGUCUGGUUUAUUCAUAAUGUUUUCAAGUUUUUGCUCAUUAAUUAUAUGUGUGAAACAGUCACCUCCAAGGCAAUUGCAACAGCAGAUUUAUUAAAUAGAUUAUUAUAUUUCACUUCUGACAUUGAAAUUCGUGAAAUCAUUUCACAGUUUUCAUCACAAAUAGUUUAUGCACCACUUCGAUUCUGUGGAAUCGGAUUUUUUGAAUUUGGCUUUAAAUUUCUUCGACAGUUUAUCACAUCUGUUGUAACGGUUGUAAUUAUAAUAAUACAAGCACAAGCAUAA